GUCUCAUUUAAGCCUCGGAGUCCCCUUACUGGGCUGUCAGUCUAAAACUAACAUUCAACCUUCAUUCGAGACCAUGGCAUCUGGUCACGGCGAGAUCGACUUCAAACUCUACCGGUAUACGCCCUCGCUCGCGGCCGCCAUCCUCUUUAUCAUUCUCUUCGUGCUUAUCACGGCCUACCAUCUGUACCAGGUCAUUCGGGCAAGAUGCUGGUAUUUCUUGAUCUUCGUUGUCGGCGGUGUUUUCCAGAUAAUCGGAUACAUCUGUCGUGUGCUCGCCCACUCCGAUAAGGAGAAUGUUCCCAUCUACGCCGUGCAAACCCUCAUGAUCCUGCUGGCGCCUCCCCUCUACGCCGCCUCCAUCUACAUGACCCUGGGCAGACUGAUCCGCCACCUGAACGCCCAAUCCCUGAGCCUGGUGCCGGUCAAAUGGCUGACGCGGAUCUUCGUCACCGGCGACGUGAUCUCGUUCCUGAUGCAGGCUAGCGGAGGCGGAAUCAUGGCCAGCGGCACCAUCUCUGCCAUGGAAACCGGCGAACACGUCACCGUCGGCGGUCUCUGCGUGCAACUCGUCUUCUUCGGCAUAUUCAUCAUCGUUGCGAUUAUCUUCCAUCUUCGCAUUCGCAAAUCCCCCACCGCUGUCUCGAUCGCUGAGGCUUCGUCGGCUGCGCGACUUCCCUGGAACGACCAGACGUGGAAAGGCACCAUGUGGGGUCUUUACUCGUCCAGUGUGCUGAUUCUCAUUCGGUCCAUUUUCAGGCUGGUGGAGUAUGCGCAGGGGAAUGAUGGGUAUUUGAUCAGCCAUGAGGCGUUCAUGUAUGUUUUCGAUGCGAUGUUGAUGUUCUUUGCCAUGGUGGUUUUGAGUCUUUGGCAUCCUAGUGUGGUGUUGAGGGAUGGAAAGAAGGUUAAGGAGGGGCAGGAGGAGGAGGGAGAGGAGAGGGAGUUGAGGGAGGUGGAUUCUUGAUUAGGAUUUGGGUUAUAGGUGUUUGGUGUUGGUUUUUAGGUUGUUAUGUUUAUGAAUCGGGAUUUGUCUUGAACAGUUCUGUACAGAGCUAUUACUUGUUAUAUAGAUAUUGCUGAACCAUCAGAUAC